AGUUUCUCAUCCUUAUUUUGAGAAGACAGAUAUGCUGCAGAUAUCUUUCACAAGACAGUCAUCACAGCGAAUCACUUCUGAGAUAUCCAGUUAUAAUUGUGAUACUCAAGAGAACAGUUGCAAUGUUCCAUUUCUUGACAGUUCUUCUGGUGCUGUUAUGUGUUUCCUUUUGCAAACUUGAAAUACCCUUCAAAAUAACCAGAGAGCACUUGACCGCAAAGGAAGGUUCCUGCAUUACAAUCGAAUGCACUGUCACUGGGCAUAUUAAUAAUGAACAAGAGCAAUGGUUUUGGAUGAAAAAUGCAGAGUGGAGUGACACCAUGAACGAUUUCACCGGUACAAUUGUAAACAGUAAAACAAAGGACCAAACCCCUGCCCCUGAGUUUGCAGACAGAGUAAAAUACAUUGGUUCUGUGAAUUUUGGACGGGCCACACAAAGCGACUGCAGCCUACUCAUCAACAACCUGCAAAAGACCGACAGUGGGAUCUACAAAUUCAGAUAUAAGGGAAAGGAUGGAAAAUGGAUAACUGAACCAGGUCUGAAUCUUAUAGUUGAAGAUGAUCCAUGCCAGGUUAGUGUUAAGAUGAACCAAUCAAUAGUCAAAGAGUCUGAGCCUGUGACCAUUCGAUGCUCCACGUCACUGCAAUGUGGAUCAUACCCAGAGUUCACAGGACUUGGUCAGACCGUAAUGCUUGAUCGGAACUCCAAGGAUAACCGUAAAAACACUGUGGUCAACUUUAAUGCUCGCUGGCAGGAUGAUGGGAGGGUGCUGUCCUGUCAACCACAGGGGACCAACGACCAGUGUGUGAGCAAGAGCAUCAAGCUGAUGGUUGAAUAUGCCCCUAAGGAGACGAAGGCUGUUAUAAGUUUGUCAUACGUAAAGGAAGGAGAGUCUGUCACCCUCACUUGUUCCAGCAGAGGGCACCCCAAUGCUACAUACUCCUGGUUUAAAGACAGUGGAAAUACCAAAUUCAAUGGAACAGAAUUCGUGAUCCAAUCUAUCACACCUACACAAAGCGGGAAUUACCACUGCAAAGCUGUAAACCAACAUGGGACCCACGACUCAAACGUUGUUACAAUCAAUGUUAAAUAUGCUCCUGUAGGAGUGCACAUUGAAACAAAUAAGGCUCUGUCUACAAUCAAAGAAGGAGAUCAUAUCAAAUUAACUUGCAUAGUGCAGAAAAGCAAUUCUGAAGUGCAUUCAUGGUCUUGGUUCAAAGACAAGGAUAAAAUGGCCAAUAGUUUAAAGGAGUAUACCAUCAAAAGUGUACGGCAAGAGGACAGAGGUCUUUACUAUUGUGAGGCGAGCAAUGAUGUGGGCAGUACUAGGUCAUCAUCAGGAUAUCAGAUAACGGUUUCCUAUGUUCCAAGAAACACUCAGAUCACCCAAAGUGGAGGUUCCCAUGACAACCAGGUGAAGGCGGGCUCUCGGCUAAAUCUCACCUGUAUGGCUGAUGCCCAUCCUGCCCCCAGUAGCUACACCUGGUACCACAGUAGUGGAGUACCACAAUGGAGACUAGUUUCACCCACAGGCCACACACUACUCUGGGAUAGGGUGGACGUAACAGACGAGGGGUGUUACAUUUGUAGUGCCACUAAUGACAUCGGCACGGGACAGAACAGCAGCAAAUCAUGCUUCAAUGUUCUAUACGGCCCAACCAAACCAGUGCUUUCUAUGAUGCGUACAACCCAGGAGGGCCGACUGGUUAGUAUCAACUGCACCGUGCAGAGUUUCCCAGUCUCUCAGCUCACUCUGACAUGGACCCCCCGUCCAUCUGGCUCACCUAUGUCUAGCUCCCCUCUUCACAUGCAGCCUCAACCAGUUCUUGGGUUCCUCCAACGUUCUACCAAUGUUGUCUGGGGUUCUUUUAAUGUCACAUUCCUGCAAGGAGGGGUUUACACCUGUAGAGCCCAGAACUCUGAGGGGGUUAGCAGCACAGAGCAGGAGCUGGAGGUCACAUACAGCCCCAAAAAUGUGACGGCCUCUGCUCACCCUGACACGGUCCUGACUGAAAACAGCCAGCUGGUUCUUACCUGCACUGCUCGUUCCAACCCCAAUACCACCACCUACACCUGGGUUCAGAUCAGCACAGGAGAGACCAGGAUAGUGGGGCUGGUCCAGAAGUUGACGGUGACGUCCAUAACCCCGUCCCAUAGUGGACUGUACAGGUGCACUGCCCAGAACACCUUAGGAACUGGGAAAUCCCAACAGGUUGAAGUUAAAGUCAAGUAUGCUCCAAAGCUCACCGAGGUCAUUCACAACAUGACCAAUAGGUGGCAGAGUGAUGGGGGGAGCCCUGUGGCACUGACCUGCCACAGUCACUGUUACCCCCCUGUCAUCAGCUACAGGUGGUACAGGCUGGUCGAGGAAAGGGAGCAUUUCAUCAUCAAUCACCAGAACAUCACUGUCCACCCGGACAAGCCUGGGACGUACUACUGUGUCGCCACCAAUAAGAUGGGGGGGAAAGAAUCAGAAAGAAUCCAGCUGUUUCUCAACCGAAGUGUCUUCCAUGUCCUCGCUCUCAUCCUUUCUUUCUGCUGUGUUCCGCUUGUUCUUUUACUCAUCUUUCUGGUCUACAGACACAAGAGAAACAAAUUGAUCCAGCAGGGGACAUCAAAUAAACUACCAUGUUGUGUUCACUUUGGUUUUCUGGGCUGGCGUAAUGGCACAAAUGAGAACCUGGUGACUGAAGGGGGUGCAGCAGUAGCAGACCCCCCGGGGAGCAGCAGAGAUCAGCUGUGCCCAGACGGCCCCUACCGCCCAGAGCCCUUACCCCAACCGCAGCAUCCCCAUCCCAGCAGGACGUCGUAUCCAGACAGCACGUCGACCUCUGACAUACACACUGUGUACAGUGUUCUGAAGGUAUCAGGUGGAAAGCAGGGUCUUUCACCAAGCCAUCCAAUCAGAAACAAAGAUGGACACACUGGACACACACAGGAACAUGAAGUCAACUAUGCCUCGUUGCAAUUCAGGGGCCAGGAGAUGGGUAGCUUGGGUCCUAGAGACCAAGCGAGAGAGGAUGACGUCUAUGCUAAGGUUGCCAAGCCAAAACUGAAGGAAAAGACUGAUAAGUGGGAUGACUACGAGAACAUUAAGGAAGUGUGUGCUCCGAAGCCCACCAUCGAGCCAAACAUGGACAUGGAGACAGAGAGCAGUGAGGAUGAUGUGGAGAUCAGCUACUCUGACGUCACGUUCCGAGCAAAGCCAGGACACCAGAGAGUCUGUAGUUCUCACCCUCAUCACCGCAGGGCAGGCCACAGCAGCAGCUCAGAUGAAGAAGACUACACAACCCAGUACUCUGACGUUAAAAUAUAAGAGGAAGUUUAAUUCACAGUCAAAAAUUAUUAUGGUUUAUUUUUAAAUAUCUGUAAAUAUUUGUAUCACACCUAUAUCUGGAUUGUUAGCAAUAAAAACACAUUCAAGUACCGGUAGUUGCCUUAACUGUACUGGAAUUACAUGUCAGACAAGACCACAAUGGCAGAAAACAGUAUUUAUUGACGGCAAAGUGGGUUUGAACAUCGUGUGGUACAUCAAUGUAAUGUGUGCUUAUUUGGCUGUCAAAACAGAAACGCUUCACUGUUAAGUAAUUGCCCAUAUUACAGGAUGUGCUAUUGUGUAGAUGCUAUGCAACUGACACCAUGUCUUAAUAUUUGUUCAACAUUGCAAUGUGCAUCAUUACUGACUUCUGACUUUACAUAAUUACUGAAUAAUGCUGAAAUUACUGACUGCUUUUAACCUGUAUUCAGCUUUAAACAUUGUAAAUACAUUUUCAAUUACAAAUAAAAUAAAAACAAUAAUACAA